AUGUUACGCUUCCUGUUUCUGCUGACAGCUCUGUUCUCGGUGAGCUGUAGCUACAACGUACAACGACCUCUUCCAUCCUACCAAACUGCCCAGCCCCCUGCAUAUCCAGUUAUCUACUACUACCCAUAUUCAUGGUGGGGCGACGGAUGGGGGAGCUACAGUGGGAAUCAAGGGGAUUACAAUAAUGAUUACGACGGCGAUCAAACUCCUCCCUGCCCUCGCUUGACCUCAUCAUGCCAAAACAUCAAUUUCACCACUACGCAGUGCUUUCCGGCAACGAUUAGACAAUUCAAAGACAAUGGUCAACAACGCGCAAUCAUUCAAUGCCCGUCGAACAACAAGGAUUAUACCAUUGUCACAAUGACAAAUCAGACUCUCAGCGUUGGCGUCGGUAAUUCGAAAGUCGCAAGCUGCAGAAAUGGAAGAUGGCAAGCGCAGAACCUUAACGGCUUUUCCGUGACGGUUAAUAGUGUUCGCUGCGUGGCUCCUGUUGCAACUACAACUACAGCUGGGACAACUACUACGACUCCAACAACCACAACUCCUACCACGACACCUACCACUACGCCAACUACCACGACUCCCACAACCACAACUCCGACAACCACAACUCCCACCACAACACCUACCACAACUCCUACAACACCAUCUACAGCUGCGUCAACUGGGGCGGCUGAUUAA